AAAUGAGAACAUUUAAAUUACAGAUUCGUGCUCAAAGCCACAUCAAAGCUCACAUCAAACAGCUGUAAAAGAGCAUGCCAGUGACAGGGCUGAGGAGAGACUGGGGUGUUUAUGUUACAGAAACUGACAUUUAACAGUGUUUUUCUCAGGAGCUGCUUGAACUGAAACGGGUCUUUUUUCCUCAUUAUUUCUUUAACAAGCAAAGCUGUUAAAAUUGCUUAACUCAAAUCUGCCAUACACUUGCAGUCUAAGUUCUCCUGUUUUCUUUUAACUUCUCAUGUUUUCUGUAAGCUCUCCUGUCUUUUGCCUCCCACUGGUUUAGUGAGGUUGGUUUGGGAUAGAGCCCUGUGCCUGUGGCAGGAUAUUAUUGCUGUAGCACAAUAGUAGUGUGUUAUGGCGUGGCAUUCUCCUCCUGCAGUGGCAGUUAAGAUAAUGAAGGGUAUUCUUUUGCCCCAUGUACAGUCACUAAAAUUUUAAGCUCUUAGUAGGAAUGUACCAAAGAGCUUUUUGGCUGGUUUUGCUCAGAGCAGCAGGAAUACUUGUCUGGAUGAAUGUUGCGGGUUUUUUCUUUGUAAUAACACUCAUUUUAAUGAGAUCAGUUACUAUUUCUGAAAUGGCAGGUAAAGGGUGAAGAGAGACAGAGAUUCUCAGUGACUUCUGCUGGUCUUCUUUUCUCGUAAAUCUUUGACUCUUGAUUUAGCUGGAAUAUUGACUCUGUGAUUGACCUUCAUUAUCUGCUUAGAAACCAUCUCAGCAAGAAAGUACACUGUCAACUUCAGUAUAUGGCUAGGUCUCAAUGAAAUAAGUUGGCUGUAGACCAGCAUUGUUACACACCUUGUUAUCUCCUCAAAUGAGUAAGGCAAAACUUGUAAAGAGCUGUGCAGUGCAAAAUUGAAACUCUGAGUUCCUGCCUUGCAGAUUGCCAGUUUAGCGAGUGUGAGAUCACUGCAUUGCUUGCUUUUUGUGCUGCAGAAGGGCUAAUUAAAAGUCUUGUGUGGAGCUCUUAAUGAAAAAUACAUCAUCUUUGACAGGUGAUGUACCUGUCAAAGAAGACUUGGAGCAUUAUACAGUAGUGAUCUUUUUUUCCUUGAGAUAGGUACAAUAUUUUGAAGAUGGAGAUGACAUCUGAACGUCUCCUGACAGUGUCUGAUGUUUCUAAAACCUCACUUCUUUCCCUGAGGUGUUAAUUCUAAUACUGCUUUUAGCAGUCUCUGUUCCUUGUACUGCUCAAAUACAUAUCAUCCAUUUCUUCCACUUCAGUUGUUAAUUCCCUAGUUAUGCCUGAAGGGAAUGUUUAAAAAGAAAAUUUUUGUAUAAUUGCCUGGUCUGCAGAAAUCACAUCUUUUCAAGCUGGUUGGGGUUUGCUUUUUGGUUUUGUUUUGUUUUUUCUUGGAGACUGAAGAGUAUUUUUUAGGGGAAUGAAAUCUAGGCAGCUCAGCUUUGCUAAGUACUGAAUCUGACAGCCAACAAACAACCCUAUGCUCCAACAGUGACUUCAGUAGUUGUUAUUAAAUGAGCCAGCAGUCCUGCAUGUUGCCAUCUUAAUGAGGCCAUAUAUUACCCACUGAUCUUUUAACUGUUCAUAAAGUACUCAUUAGCCUGUUUUUUCUCUUCUGGCUAAUAGCCAUUUAGAAAAAUGUCCUAAGAUGAAUACUAACACAUAUAUUGAUACUUAACUUGCAUGUGUGCCUUUUUGUUUGGUAGACUAAUAUUAAGAACAGUUGCAAUUUGGGCAUUUCCCACAUACCUUGGUUUUGGGAAACCCAGUCAGCUGCCAGGAACUUAGAUUUCAGUCCAGCCAAAAUGUUCGUAAGAUUCCCUAUUUUGAUUUCCCUUUUCUGGCAUUAUCAAGGACAGGUCUUGAUUUCUGUGUGAUAUGAAAUGCUGUGAAACCACAGUGAAAUCCUUACUGCCUCAAGAAGCAAAUGUGAAUCAUGUUGGGGUAUCAGGUGGCUGAAUGCAUCGAGCUUAAAAGGUUUGAUCUGGUCUAGAAGGAUAUGCCUUCUAAAACAUUUUGAAGUCAUUUGAAGGUAAGUUUGUAUGUGAGCAGGUAAGAAUUGUUAUUGUAAUUGUUAUCAUAGCUAUUUUUGUAACUGACUUUGAACAGAGAAUGUGCCUAGGGAGUUAACCUGUGAUUAUUAAUUUUGACAACGUCCCAGGGAAGGUGUUGUCCCAGGAUUCCUGCUCUGCUCUGGCUGCCUGCAGACUUUCCCUGAAGACAUCUUGUGCCCUCCUUAGCAGUCUCUCCUCUUGGGUAUACCCUGAAGUAUUAGGCAGCAUAUUUGGAGUCAGCUCUUCUCCAAAUAAAGGGGGGUAUAUAUAUGUUAUUCUGUUUCACCAGAAAUUUUCUUUCGUUAGUUAUUUUUUAAUUACUAUUUUUAGGAACUUGUUGAUGUAGUGCCUUGGAGUGUCCGUGGUAAGUCAUGGUGAUGCAGAGAGGUCGGUGCAGAACUGUGAAAGAGCAGCUCACGACUGCCAGCUGCUGGUGAACAAGAGAGCUGCCCGGAGACCUCCCCAGACUGCAGGCAAGCUUUGACAGAGAAGGUCAGUUUUGAAGUUCGGGUGAAUUAGGUGCAAUUCUACGAAUCAGAACUGCUUUGAGUGCACCUUUAUGGAGUGAGUACCCUAAGAAAUCACACAGUCAGAAGAUGGAUAGAGCUGUGGUGCUAAGGAAAAGCAAGGAAAAUAGAGAGGCUGUUUUCAGGCAUGCUUUUCUUGGGAGGUUGAGGUAAAGUGAAACAGUUUUAAGGGUGAUUAAGAGGUUGGAAAUUACUUCAGAGUACAGACCCUAAAGGCAUCAUCUACAGUUUGGAACUAAGCAGCAAGUAGUAGUGAUAAACUGGAAGGAAUAAUUGUAAUCCUAGUAACAGUUUAGAGGAGUAACUGUAGUCUCCAAUUACACAUAGAGCAAUUGCCAAACAGUUGUCAUGGCCUAUGAGCUGUCAAAGAUCUGGCAAUCCAGAUGGAUUGAUUCUUUCUCCUAAGGUAAGGAAAUAGGCAUCUUAGGGUAGCAGCUCUGAAUAGUGAAUCCCAACAGAAAACCCGUAUGUGGAAGCUGUUACCCUCUUGUCUGCUUGUCUGCUUCCCUUGACAGCAUCAGUAAACACGUGCAGAGGCUGUAGAGACUCCAUGGCUUUGCUUUGAUAAUCAUCUGAUACAUGAGCAGAUACUGUGUUUGCAUUUGGAAGUGGGUGCCUCCAGGAAUGGAAGAUACUAAACACCAGAGCUGCUGACACUUUGUCCCCCUCCCACAUGUCUGGCUCAUCAAGGAGAGCCCAGAGGUUUAUUUUUAAAUCUAAGGGGUAUAGUAAUACAUGUUGGAGGUAGCAUAAUAAGGUCCAGGCUACCUGGUAGAAUUUCUUCCUACCUUGUUUCCCUGACUUUUGCCAAUAGAACUAUUAAGGUUCUCUCACACCCUGAAGUCCUGAUCCCCAACCUGUUGCUAAGACCCCAGAUUCCCUUUUUGUCUGCAUUUUAGGUAGCUGGGAGAGGCAUUUGGCUUUUUACUGUACUGGCAUCAAGAGACACAAGCCCAGGAUUUUUAGUUGAUACCUUCACCUAAGUACUUGUAGUUUUGCUUCAGUAAUAAAUGGGAUUCUUUGCUUUGUUUAUCAGCUUCUGACUAGGUUUACAUAGGGCAGUUCUCCUGGGCAGUCCCAUCAGUCCCUGGUCUGCUGUGCAGAUGAACCCCUGCCCUUUUCAACCACUCCCCCAAACCCCACAGCUCAAAUUUGUUAGGUACUGGGAGAAAAAAUUCUUUCUAAUCCUUCUUUAAUAUGAGCAGUGAAAUGAUAAAAAAUUCUUGUGUAUGUCUAUUAGAGACUUGUCUUUGUACCUAAAGAUAAAGCUCAAGCCCUUCCCUAACCCAAAUGAAAGCAGUUCCAGGGAGAUAAAAUCAUGAACAGCAUCAGAAAUAGCAUAUUGAUAAUCUGAGGUGUGUAUACAAAGUCCCACAGCAAGAAUUCCUAAGCGUUGUCUGUUCAAAUACAUUUAAAUGUAUUUAAAGCGUGUGUCUCAAGGAGCCACUAGAUGACAGACACUUUGCUGGGUGCCUAUAUGCAUGACCACCUUUAAAAAAAUGUCACAGUAGUCUGUGAUCUGAGCUACUGAUGAGGCUGACAUUUGUGAGAGAGGCAAGGAUUCAUCUCAUUCCACCUGAACUUCCUGCUCUGGCCUGACCCAAGAUAAGGACAUCACAUCUCUGCCUGCACAAUCUCCUCCAGUCCAUUAGUAAACUAGUUUGAAAUGUAAUGGGAAGGAGGUACAGAGCCAAGGAAAUUUUUAACUUGAUGAUGCUCAUCAGUAGGAGUAAUCUAUUCACACAGAAGCAUCCCAAGUGGUAGUGAUGUGCUAUUUUUAAGGCUGUCCUGUCAGUGAAUUAUUUAAUACUGUAAGCUGUUUAUACACAUCAUUUAUAAUAAAUCUCACUGUCAGGGAUGGGCAUUUGACUUUCUAGUAAUUUCGUGAUGUGGGGCAACUCACAUUGUCUGUGUGUGUCUUUCAGUUUAACAGCUUAUGGAUUUAAAAUUACCUUGGAUUAUUCCUUCCAGCAGAAUUCUGGGUUAUACCCAUGAGGCAUAUUUCUAGGGCUAGCUGGCAUGUUGCAGUUCUGCAGGCAAGACAAGAAUGCACAGGUGGCUUUUUGAUCCCAUACCUUGUCAUGCUGAUUGCCGAGGGGAUGCCGCUGCUGUACUUGGAGCUGGCCGUGGGGCAGCGUAUGCGGCAGGGCAGCAUCGGCGCCUGGAAAAUAAUAAGCCCCUACCUCUGCGGUGUUGGAGUUGCCAGUGUUGUCGUCUCCUUCUUCCUCUCCAUGUACUACAACGUGAUAAACGCCUGGGCCUUCUGGUACCUCUUCCACUCCUUCCAGGACCCCCUGCCAUGGGCCACCUGCCCCCUCAACAGCAACCGCACGGGCUACGAGGAGGAGUGUGAGAAGACAUCGUCCACGCAGUACUUCUGGUACCGGCAGACCCUGAACAUCUCCCCGUCGCUGGAGGCCAGCGGGAGCGUGCAGUGGGAGCAGGCGCUGUGCCUGACGCUGGCCUGGCUCGUGGUUUACCUCUGCAUCCUCCGCGGCACCGCCUCCACCGGCAAGGUCGUGUAUGUGACAGCCUCUUUGCCAUACUGUGUUCUCAUCAUAUACCUCAUCAGAGGAUUAACACUUCACGGAGCUGUGAAUGGGCUCAUCUACAUGUUCACACCAAAGCUGGAGCAGCUGUUGAACCCCAAGACCUGGAUCAGCGCUGCCACGCAGAUCUUCUUCUCGCUGGGGCUUGGCUUCGGCAGCCUCAUCGCCUUUGCCAGCUACAACGAGCCCAGCAACAACUGCGAGAGACACGCCAUCAUCGUGUCCCUCAUCAACAGCACCACCUCCGUAUUCGCCAGCAUCGUCACCUUCUCCAUCUACGGCUUCAAGGCGACCUUUAACUAUGAGAGCUGCAUCAACAAGGUGAUCCUGCUGCUGCUGAAUGCUUUUGACCUGGAGGAAGGCUCUUUAACAGCAGACAAUCUCAACGAGAUGAAAGACUACCUCAUGGCCACCUACCCGCAGGAAUAUGCCCAAUUAGCACCACAGAUUAAAAACUGCAGCUUGGAAGCUGAGCUAGACACGGCUGUCCAGGGGACGGGACUGGCAUUUAUAGUCUAUUCGGAAGCAAUCAAAAACAUGGAGGUGCCCCAGCUGUACUCUGUGCUCUACUUCUUCAUGCUGCUGAUGCUGGGCAUUGGCAGCAUGCUGGGGAACACGGCUGCCAUCCUCACGCCGCUGACUGACAGCAAGGUCAUUGCCUCCUGCUUUCCCAAGGAGGUGAUCUCAGGUGUUGUGUGUUUCAUUAAUUGUAUAAUUGGCCUGAUCUUCACCAUGGAGGCUGGAAAUUACUGGUUUGACAUUUUCAAUGACUACGCAGCCACCCUCUCACUGCUGCUCAUCGUGCUGGUGGAAACCAUCGCCGUGUGUUACAUCUAUGGGAUAAGGAGAUUUGAAAAAGAUCUUUACACCAUGAUUGGACGCAAGCCAAACUGGUAUUGGAAAAUUAUGUGGGCUUUUGUUAGUCCACUGCUAAUUAUAAGCCUAUUUAUUUUUUACCUCACCGACUAUAUCCUCACAGGAACAUUGCAAUACCAAGCAUGGGAUGCCACACAGGGGCAGUUGGUGACCAAGGAUUACCCAGGCUAUGCCCUGGCAGUGAUCGGGCUGCUGGUGGCGGCAUCAACCAUGUGCAUUCCUCUGGGAGCACUAGUGACUUUUAUAAGGAAGAGACUGAAGAGGGAACGAGUUUCAACUGUUGCAUGAAAGCUGACAGCUGGAUUUGGGAAGACCUUACCCCUGUCAUCAGUGACUGGGCACUUCUGGAAGACAGCAGCAACCAUUAUUUGUAGCAGCUAUUUAUAGAGUUGAGAAUGGUGGGUGCUAUAUUGACCAAAAAGUGCUCUUGGGAGGUUCCACAAUGGUUUGGAAGAAAAAAAGCUCUUCUGUAACAAGAUGAAGCUUUAAAAUGGCCUCUGUAAAAGAGGUGAGAGGGAGAGCAGCUCACAAAAUGCCAGCUAGCACAAAUUAACCAGCAUAUCAGCCCAUUACACGUUAGGUGAUUCUUUUCCACUGUUGUAGCACUGCCUGUGUGGAAACAUGAGCAACCAAGCAUGUUCCUGCACCUAAGUACCAGCAAAUACCCUCAACCAUUCAAAACACUUAAGCAUACUCAUUGUUUGAGGUGACAUCUGUAUUUCAUCAACAGGUGAAACUGCUGAAGUCUGGCAAUGAGCAUGUGACAUUGCUUUCCUACAUGGGAGAAAGCAGUAGGAUGGCACUGGGAGAUAAAUGUGGCCAACAUGGCUUCUUUUAUACUUGUGUCCAGCAAAGCAGUGAAUAUAUAUAUUUAUAUAUGCAUAUACAUAUAUAUAUGCACCCACAUAUGUGAGCUGCACAAGUUCUCCCACGUCCAGAAGUAAACUUCCAAUUCCAGUA